AUGGCGUGGCCCGUGGCCUGGACAGGUCUGAUGGCUCUGCUGAUGAUCCCAGGCGGCUCUGCCGAGAUGCUGGUCUGUUACUUCACCAACUGGGCCCAGUACAGGCAGGGGGCCGCCCGCUUCCUGCCCGGGGACGUGGACCCCGCCCUGUGCACCCACCUCGUCUACGCCUUCGCGGGCAUGACGGGGCAUCAGCUCAGCCCCCUCGAGUGGAAUGACGAGAAAAUCUACGGGGAGUUCACGGGCCUGAAGCAGAGGAACCCCAAGCUGAAGACGCUGCUGGCUGUCGGGGGCUGGAACUUCGGCACCCAGAAGUUCACGGACAUGGUGGCCACGGCCCAGACCCGCCAGACCUUCAUCAGCUCGGCCAUCGCGUAUCUGCGCAAAUACGGCUUCGACGGCCUGGACCUUGACUGGGAGUACCCGGGGAGCCGGGGGAGCCCCCCCUCAGACAAGCAGCGCUUCACCGCCCUGGUGCAGGAGCUGGCCGAGGCCUUCCAGCAGGAAGCCCGGGCCUCGGGGAGGGCGCGCCUGCUCCUGAGUGCGGCCGUCCCUGCCGGGCGACAGUCCGUGGACGCAGGGUACGAGGUGGACAAAAUCGCCCGGAGCCUGGAUUUCAUCAGCCUCAUGGCCUAUGACCUGCACGGCUCCUGGGAGGGGACCACGGGGCACAACAGCCCCCUGUACCCGCGGCAGGGGGAGAGCGGGGCAGCCGCCGAGCUCAACGUGGACCACGCGGUGCAGCAGUGGCUGCAGAAGGGGACCCCCGCCAGCAAGCUGAUCCUUGGCAUGCCCGCCUAUGGACGGUCCUUCACCCUGGCCUCCACGUCUGACACCGGGGUGGGCGCCCCAGCCUCGGGGCCGGGAUCCCCUGGCCCCUACACCAAAGAGGCGGGGCUGCUGGCUUACUACGAGGUCUGCGGCUGGAAGGGGGCUGCCAAGCACAGAAUCCAGGACCAGAAGGUGCCCUACGCCUCCCAGGGCACCCAGUGGGUGGGCUUCGACGACGUGGAGAGCUUCAGAACCAAGGUCAGCUACCUGAAGCAGAAGGGACUGGGCGGUGCCAUGGUCUGGGCGCUGGACAUGGACGACUUCACGGGCUCCUUCUGUGGCCAGGGCCGGUACCCCCUCAUCAAGACCCUGCAGGUGGAGCUGGGUCUUCCAAACAGGCCUUUAGAACCCUCCCAGCCUGAGGUCAUCAUACCAGAGACGCCCUCUAAGCCCGAGCGUGACCCCAGCCCCGGACAGGACACCUUCUGCCAGGGCAAAGCCGACGGACUCUACGCCCACCCUGGGGACCGGUCCAGCUUCUACAGCUGUGCAGGGGGCCGGCUGUUCCAGCAGAGCUGCCCCCAGGGCCUGGUGUUCAGCCCCGCCUGCAAGUGCUGCACCUGGAGCUGAGUCCCCAGGGUCCUCUGGCCCCAGCCCCGGGGCCAGAGCCUGGGGUCCCUUCGCAGCCCCCCUCCCCAGCUCUCCCGGGGUGACGUCUGGCUCCUCCAGCCUCUGUCUGAUCUUUCUCUGAUCUUCCCAUAGCCAGUCUUUCUGCUCUCAGCCCUCGGUUCCUUUGUCUCCGCUCCUCUCCAGCUGCCUCUUUUACAUGCAGAAUAAAUCUUCGGUUUGCACCCCA